GUUUACGUGAAAAUUAUUCUCGCACGCGGUUGCUCUGCGCUACGCGCACUGCACAGCAGCAUCAGCUGUGUACAGCGGGAAAAAAAAACAAGUAGCGGGCAGUGUCGCGGUGUGUAAGUAGAAACCGGCCGACCAGUGCAGGCCAGAGAGAAGCUCGAAAGAAGUGUCGGGAGAAGAAAGGCGAAGAGACAUGGAGAAGCUAGCGAAGCCGAUAAUAAUAAGCCACGUGGAGAAGUCGUUGGACUACUCGCUCUUCGACGCGAAGUGGAUCCCGUGCAGCGCCAAGUUCGUGGUUAUGGGCUCGCGGCCUCGUGGCACCGGCCUCAUACAGAUCUACGAGCUGUCGAGCGGCGAGAUCAACCUCGUCAAGAGCAUCGAGAGGCCGAGCUCCAUCAAGUGCGGAACUUUCAAGGCAUCCAGUCUCAGGGAUCGCUAUCUCGCCACCGGAGACUUCAAGGGUAAGUUGAGCAUCUACGACUUGGAGAAUCCAUCGGUGCCUGUGUACAGUGCGAACGCUCACAAUGAAAUCAUCAAUGCGAUUGACGGCAUUGGUGGUGAUACCAUCGGCUGUGGUGCCCCGGAAAUCCUUACGGGCUCGAGGGAUGGUACUGUCAAGGUCUGGGACUCACGGCAAAAGGACCGGCCGGUAGCGAUAAUGCAACCCUCGGAGGGCGAGAGGCGAUGCGAUUGCUGGUCGGUAGCCUUCGGCAAUUCGCACACCGACGAGGAUCGUGUCGUUGCCUCGGGCUACGAUAACGGCGACGUCAAGAUGUUUGAUCUCAGGGCGAUGGCGCUCAGGUGGGAGAGUAACCUCAAGCAAGGUGUCUGCGGCUUGGAGUUCGACAGGCGAGACAUCGCCAUGAACAAGCUCGUCGCCACGACUCUCGAAUCCAAGAUCUACCUCUUCGAUCUCAGGACUCAGCAUCCGAAGAAGGGAUUCGCCUAUCUUGUGGAGAAGGCACACUCAUCGACGGUGUGGCUGGUUCGUCAUCUGCCACAAAAUAGGGAACUCUUUGUUACCUGCGGCGGCAACGGUUCCAUUUGCUUAUGGAAAUACAAUUACCCGGAGAAGCGACACCUCACCGACUCCGAGGGUAUCGAGGAGGGCGUGGUGGGCAGCUUGAAAUUGCUGCAGAACAACAUCCUCUCGUCCCAGCCAGUCAGCUCACUCGACUGGAGUCCGGACAAGCUCGGCCUCGCUGUCUGCACCUCCUUCGACCAGUGCGUCCGCCUCAUCCUCACCACCAAGCUCAACCUCUACUGAGAACUCGACGAUUCACUGGAACCGACGCUCAAGGAGGAGUUUUAUGCGAUCUUCGAGCGAGCGCAUAGCUCUUAAUUAUAGCGAGGGCUUCAAGCGCAAAUUGAAGCCGUCGUCGCUGCACUUGAAGCCUCAUUUGUGGCCUUACGCGAUGGAGCUCGGAAAGCCCACGCAAUAGCGUAUUCGUCGUUGGCGGGAUCGCGAGAGAAGCGCCGCUUUUAACGCUAAUUUCAAGAUGCCUCGAACCGAGUGUAUGUAUGCGAGUGUGCGAAAGGAAAACGAUUAAUAGUUAGAAUCGCGUAUUUGUAAUGUAUAAUUUCGAGUUGUGUGUUUUUACUAGGUUAACGUUGUUUUUUUUUCAAGCGUCAAUUUUGUAUUACUCGGGUUCCAGAACCAUUGAGAUUGAAGAUAUGUGUUACUACUGUCACGGACGAGCUGUACGCUGUACAUAAUAAGCCGCUCAGUUUUACAUUUUUUUUUUCGUUUGAUGUCCUUGUACUUAUUUUAGUUGAUCUUAUGUAGUGAUUUCUGGUUCUCCGUUCUUUUUUUCAGUCACAGUACUUCCUUCGUUUCGUAAUAACUUUCAAUGAACAAAGAUAUGUAAACAUAAGAGAAACUAUGUCACGUUUUAUGAAACAUAGAAUCAAUAGAAGAAAAGAAAAAUAUUUUGUUAAAGGAAUGCCAUCGCGUACCGCUUCGGCACGUGUGUUUCACUUCUUGUAAUAAAUCGAAAAGCCAACUGCA